GUUGCCAGGACCGCGCGGUUGCCACGGCCGCGGCUCGGCGCUGUGGCGGCCCCCGGUGCCGCCGUCCGGGCCUGCCGCCCGCCCCGGGCCGGCGCGAUGGUGAAGCUCGCUGCCAAGUGCCUGCUGGCAGGAGAUCCAGCUGUGGGUAAGAGUGCUUUAGCCCAGAUGUUUCACAGUGAUGGGGCUCAUUUUCAGAAGAACUACACAUUGACAAUGGGCAUAGAACUGUUGGUGAAGGCCGUAUCAGUUCCAGAGACAAGUGAUAGUGUGGAAUUCUUCAUUUUUGACUCUGCAGGAAAAGAUCUAUUUUCUGAAAUGCUGGAGAAACUGUGGGAGCAACCCAAUGUCCUGUGCCUUGUGUAUGAUGUCACUAAUGAGCAAUCCUUCGACAACUGUGACAAAUGGUUGGAGAAGCUGAGGGCUCAAGCAGUUGGGGUGCACAUCCCAGGUGUCUUAGUGGGGAAUAAAACAGACCUAGCUGAUCGUCGAGUUGUGGAGCAGAAACAAGCACAGGAGUGGGCUGAGAAACAUGGCCUGGAAUAUUGUGAGAUGUCAGUGAAGGAAAUGAAAAAUUUUGAGGCCCCUUUCCACAUCCUGGCAAAGUUAUUCCACCAACUGUACAAAGAGAAAGUGGAAACUUUUCACUCAUUAGCCUGACUGGUAUGAUUUAUUUAUCCUCUAAGCUUCUUCUAGUACUGGGAAUCCUGCUGGACUGAAUACAGAGAGAAGAAAAAAUAUGAGCUAUUUGCUACUUCAUGGUCAUCCUCUGGUAAUUCAAACUAGAAAUAAGCAAGUGGAAAGACACUCUUUGAAGCUGCUACCUCAGCAUUCCUUUCAUGUCCUCUAACUUGGUUCUCUGCUCACUGAAAGUCUGCUAGGUUGGAGGAGGCAGAGAGUGAAAGGGGAAGGCAGAAUGGAAAUUGCCAGCUCUUUGCUUUGAUAUCUUUUGUCUGAACAGACUUCCUGCUGCUACAAGCAAGGAUUUAGAGGCUUGGAAAAGGAGAGAGGAAGCUGACAGGAUGUUUUUUGACUUAAGCCAGCCUUGAUACAUACACUGCAGGGCAGGAACCAUUUCGCCCUACCCCUUGAAAAGCGUUUUCAGGAGGAGGCCUAUGCCCUAAAAUCAGCACCUGGAGACUGAGAUGUGUGGAGACAGAGCUGGAUUAGGUGUGUUUCCAGGAGUGCCCAGAGUUGGAAGCCAGUUUUAACAGUGUUGCCCUUAUCAGCUGUAGGAUUGACAUGCUGGUGACUAAUACAUGUUUCUAAUUUCCAGAAUCUGUUUCUUCCCUUCGGCGUGGCUCACUGUCCCUGCCUGGUGGGAGCUGUGUCGCGUCCAACCGCUGUCACUUGGUGACGCAGUGCCCUCUGCUGGUCCCAGGUCACAGGAGUUCUCCAGAGGCUGCCACCUCCCUUGAAGUGGGCAGGAAGGGCUUCCUGCAGGCACAUCCAAAUUGGCUUAACUGCAAAAUGGAGUCAAAUUGCAGCAAUACAUUUUCUAUUCUAAGGAUGACUCUAAAACUUAUAACAAAUUACCUUUUCUUCUUCAUGUCUUUAUCAUCUUACAUAUUGUGUCAUUUUUGUUAGCUGAAUUUGGCAAUACCAUUCUGAUUAGGUUCAGUUCUCAAUCUCAAAAUCAGAGUCCUCUUAUUAAAGUCUCUCUGCUUGUCAUUGAAUUUCAGAUAAAAGACCACAGUUCUGAUGUUGCUAGUGGAAACAGACUAAGGAAAUUAAAGACAGCCUGGCUAAGUUACUCUGACUCAGCUGUGUCUGGCUAGAAGUUUCAUAUUAGAAAGGGUAAAAGCCUAGAGAGAGCUGCUUUUUCGUGUGGAGUACUGAUGUUGCAUGUAAGAGUCUUUGCUAAUGCAGUAUGCAAAAACAUCUGUGGUAAAGUACUGCCUUGUAACUGAGCCUAACACCAAGAAUUUCAAAAAUUUAACCAUUCUCUUCCAGAUUAGGGUAGACUCCCUUGGGCAAGGGAAGCUGUUUUGUACAGACUAAGCACUAAGUGAUUUUUCAGGCAGUCUUUUCAGGAAUCUGUGUUUCAAGACUUUUAUACAUGUGGUUUAAAAUCAUUGUUAUGCCCAGUGCUAGGAAAAGUACAUUGAAUUGAACGUAAGAAAUAUGGCUGCAGAUGUUGUAGCAGAGUUUAUUAAGCACUUCAAGAAUCUGGAGAAGCACCGGGCUCAUUUCACUGGCAACAGUGUGUUGAUGCUGGGAACUCACUAGGGAGCAUGAAUACCAGUUAAAGAGGAUGAGUAGCAGCUCAGUCUGCAAGAAAUGAAAACAAGAGGUUCUUUUGCUAGAAGCCGACUCAAAAAUGACAGAACCAGCUUUUUUGAAUUGGAUUGGCAUUACUGGCAUUUGUAUCUUACAUGGGUUUUCUUGUUAAUCCUGGGUGUUUUCUUUUGACUUACAUAGGCUGCAUAGACUUUUGCUUGCAAGUGCUGGUACCUCUGACUAGUAAGAAUAAAAGCUAUUUUGGAUGCUGUGCUGAUCUAGUUAAAGAACGAAAGAAGGUUUGUUUUCAUUUGGUAUCUCAUUUCCCCUGUUUCUAUUGAUGAUGUGAUCACAAAACAAGACACAUAUUUUUUCAUAUUGAAAAUAACAUACCAGAAGUGUAUGUCACCUGUGACAUGGUGUAUCUAGGGGGGAUGGAUUCCUUGGGAAUAGGUAAUAAAAUGAAUUCUGUGCGAUCUUUAACCAGGGAGUCCAUCUCUCUGCACCAGAAGGACCUCCCAUAACUUCAAAUAAACACUCAAAUUCACGAGUAAGAUGAAGAUUGGUGAAUGCUGUUUUAUAAAAUAAAUGCAAAAGCUGGAGGAGCUCAUUAAGGGAAUGCUUGCAGUGGUGAUUUGUGAUUUAUAGGGAAGCUGCUUUUGAGUAGUGAAGAAAAAUGCUGCCCAUGCAGGGAAAGAUGUAUUGCCUGAGAGAGGAAAUGUAUGAUCUAAUUAGCUAACAGUAGGGAUUCACCCACUGCCCCUUUCCCUCUUCCACAGGCCAUAACUACAAUUAGAAAAUGUCUAAAGCAUGUUGUCCAGCUUGCUUUUUACAGGACUAUUUCCAGCACUAAUGUGGACACAGUUUAAUGUCCUUCAAAAUGGUGUGUUUGACAGUAACAAUCUCAACCUUUUCAAAUGCAUUUUAAAAGCAUAAUAUAUUGUCCUUCCUGGCUAAUGUGCUAUGUAGUACCAGCCUGAUGCAAGUGGUGGUUGUUACUGUUUUCCUGGCUUAAUUGUGCCCUUGGUUGUAGAAGCUAGUAGUGAAGAGUGGGUAGAGAACAGGGGAGCCAAACAUGGGAAGGUUGUGGGAAAUAGUUUUGUCUCUGUGUGAAGGAUUUCAGGGUGGUGAGUAAGUGAGCUGGACCAGCAGGAUGAGUAAGAGUCUGAAGGCAUUAUUAAGUUUCUCCUACCUGUUUACUAACUGGCAGUCACAUCUGUAGGGUGAGGAUGCAUGUUUGCUACUAAUACGCUUAGCUUCAGUCUGAAUAACCGAUGCUGUGGAGAACAGUGGGAGGAAGACAGAAAGCCUGUCUGCUGACCAGGAAGCUUGUUGUCUUCUUACAGUUCCACUGCUUUGUCCAGCUGUGCAGUGCUGCAGGUGCUCAGCAUGAGUGUAACAACACAGAAAAGACCCAACUCAACCAGAACUGAAAUUUCAGAAGAAGAGGAAGGAAACAAACAGGCCUUAAACUGUUUUUAAUAGAUAUGUAGUCCUUUUUCCUGUUUGCUUGUUUGAUUAGACAAAACCAUUUCUUUCCUCUUUGGAGUCCCUCCUUCUUACCUCUCCUUUGGUCCUCAUGGGUCUGCACAGAAUCUCUGUUAUACUUGUGCCCUGCUUUACUUAGGUUGAUACAUCACCAGCUGAUUUUUUUUUUAAUCCUUCUAAUUUCUGCAUUAUCUAUUCUCAAGGCUGCAAGACAUUUCUUCUUAGAUUAAUAGAUGAAAGGAAACAAAAGUGGAAUUUUUAGUCAAAUUGUCUUGGAAGAAAAAGCCUUAAGAAGCUGUCUGGCAUUCUGAAAUUUUACUGGAAAUUCAUUUGUGUAAAGUUGUCAUAUUAAAGAUGCUUUAAUGGUUC